AUGGACUCGCAGUGCUCCAUGGUUACAUUACUUUCAUUGAUUAAUCAGUGGUGUGGACUUAGUGCUUUCAUGGAGAUGUUGACCAAAUUUAUGAAGGACUUGAAGUAUCGCCCAGAAACGCAAAACCAAACACAAAAACAAACUGCACCCAACCUAGUGCACGCCACCCACGACACCAGCAGGAUUAAAGAACAAAACGGAGAACAGACUGAAGGACAAUAG